GCUACUAUCUGGACCUUCCGAGACCGACGCACUUUAAUGUGCAAUAUGACCCAUGACACUGUAGGAUCAACUUCAAGCCGAUUUGGGUAAAUCGGAGUUCGAAAUUGAACUUGAAGAGCUGCAGUCACCGACGCCAACAAGUUGGAAUGAAUCAUUAAUCAUUCUUGAUGUCAUAACUUUUGAUAUUCUCGACCAGGAUUACAGCUGUGCGAUGCAACAGCCCCAAGUUAUGGCCCAGCGCUGCCUUACAACAUUUCUGUUGUAUGCCACUCAUGCUCCCGCCAUCGUCAAGAAACUCGACAUUGCUCGUUCUUGUUUCGUCUCUGGACCUAAAUGCAUUCCUCCUUGUUUCCAUCAGAUUGUGGAAAUUUUAUCAUGCACCGUUGACCUGGCAUCUCAUUUUACGAACGUUGUCGGACGUCUGGGUGCAUCACACACGCUGCUCAAGCCAGGAUCUGCCGCCCCUACGCAAAACCUUUAGACGACUGCAUCCUCCACGCUAUGAAGCAUGCAAUAUGUCUAGUUUGGUUGCCGCUGUUAUUCUCCGCAAGUGGAAUAACCGCUCUGCAAGCCCCGUACGACCCCCUGAAUUUGUCCUGUUGGGUAAAAAGUGGCCCUCCGCCUCGAAAUGGGUUUCGUUGAACGUAUCCCGGGAAGGAUGAUUUGAAAAUCUGCAACCUUGGGCUGCUCUAUGCUACUCCUCCUAUGCUCUGUUCGACUACGAAGAGUGCCAGACAGUCCUUAUUGGGUAUGACAACGAUACGAUGCAGGGAAGUGUCCC